UCACAUGCACACCAUAUAUUCCAGGGCGAGUAUGAAGAGGCGGACUCCUUGUUGUUGCGGGUCCUGGAAAUUCUGGGUACAACUGUAGGCAGAGACCACCCCAGCUAUGCUGCAGCGCUUAACAACCGGGCGGAAUUGUUGAGACUGCAGCGAGCUGCUUGACGCAGACUUUGGAGAGCCGCAGUGCUAAUACAACUCGUCAUAUGCCGGACGAUCAGCUCCCUCGACGCCAAGCUGUUCCGUUGGUAUAUAGGGUGACUGAAGGCCCGAUCGAACGGUCGCCAGUUGAGCAACCGCCAGUUAGCGAGGACGGCAUCAAGGUAGUCGCUGAGCUGGAUCUAGGCGACCGAUGCCUUUUCAAUUUUGCCCAGCCUCGACGGACUUGCGGCGUUCACGGACGCCUAACGACGUCGGGUUGGACGCCUGCAGCUGGUUAAUACCUGCAAGGUGUCGAGCGUGUGGGUGCCGU